GAACAGAACAGAACAGAACAGAACAGAACGGGGAGAUAGAAAGAUGCCAGAAUACUGUGUAACUGGAGGAACAGGUUUCAUAGCUGCCUACUUAGUCAAGGCUUUGCUUGAGAAGGGUCAUCUUGUCCGGACCACGGUGCGAGACCCAGAGGAUGUCGGGAAGGUUGGCUUUCUGUGGGAAUUGAAUGGAGCCAAGGAAAGGCUGAAGAUGUUCAGAGCUGAUUUAAUGGAGGAAGGAAGCUUUGACGAGGCUAUUCAAGGGGUUGAUGGGGUUUUCCACACUGCAUCACCUGUGCUUGUUCCAUCUGACGACAACGUUCAGGCAACUCUGAUUGAUCCAUGUAUAAAGGGCACCUUGAAUGUGCUGACUUCCUGCUCAAAAGCACGAGUGAAACGGGUUGUGCUCACCUCUUCUUGCUCUUCGAUAAGAUAUCGUUACGAUGCCGAACAAGUCUCUCCGCUCAAUGAAUCACAUUGGAGCGAUCCUGAAUACUGCAAGAACUACAAUCUUUGGUAUGCUUAUGCAAAGACAACAGCUGAGAAAGAAGCAUGGAGAGUGGCCAAGGAGAGCGGAAUGGAUCUAGUGGUGGUAAAUCCCUCAUUUGUGGUUGGUCCCCUGCUAGCACCACAACCAACCAGCACACUGCUUAUGAUACUGGCUAUAACAAAAGGUGCAAGAGGUGAGUAUCCAAAUACAACAGUGGGGUUUGUGCACAUAGAUGAUGUGGUGUCUGCACACAUCUUAGCCAUGGAGGAGAGCAAAGCAUCAGGCAGGCUUAUAUGCUCGAGCUCUGUGGCACACUGGUCGCAGAUCAUUGAGAUGCUGAGGGCCAAAUAUCCAUCUUAUUCAUAUGAAAGCAAGUGUAGCAGCCAGAAAGGAGACAAUAACCCACACAGCAUGGAUACCAGUAAAAUAGCUCAACUGGGGUUUCCUCCUUUCAAAACGCUUGGAAAGAUGUUUGAUGACUGCAUCACAAGUUUCCAAGAGAAAGGAUUUCUAUGAAUUACACGAAUCUUUUGUGUGUUCCAAGUCUUCUUUUUAUGCUAUGAUAUGUAAUCUAGUUUAGUGUUACCUCAUUUCAGCCCUCGAUAACGAUGAGCAUAAUUGUUUGCUUUCA